AUGAGAGGUUUUAAUGUAUUGGCGCUGCUUGCGCUGGCGACUGCUGCCCAUGCCUUCGUACCCAUAGAGACCAACUAUCAUGAGGUGAUUGGGAUCCCUAUGGCGAUGGAGCUCAAGAGCGCUGAGGAGGGCGCUGACUUCGACGGCGCCAGGAUCGUAGGAGGUAGUGUGGCGGGGCUAGGCACUCAUCCACAUCUUGCCGCUAUGGUGAUUACUUUGACCGACGGUCGCACCUCCAUGUGCGGAGCCUCUCUGCUGAGCCACACCCGCUCCGUGACCGCGGCUCACUGCUGGAGGACCAGGAACUCUCAAGGACGCACGCUUCAAUUGGGUUUCGGCACCACUCAGUUCUUCACUGGUGGAUUCAGAAUUAACACUAACAAUGUUCAAAUGCACGGCAGCUACAACAUGGACACUAUUCACAACGACGUGGCUAUGAUUAUCCACGGACGGGUCGGAUACACAAAUGUGAUCCAGCCGAUCUUCCUGCCCCCCUCACAUCUCCUCAACAACCAGUUCGUGGGUACCUGGGCCUGGGCUGCUGGUUAUGGAUUAACCAGGGAUGGAGGUGGUAGUAACACCCAGAAGCAUCAAGUGGCUCUUCGAGUGAUCACCAAUGCAGUCUGCUCACGUACUUUUAACGGUAUCAUCGCGUCGACCCUCUGCGUGGACACCCAGGGGGGGCGCAGCACCUGCCGCGGAGACUCCGGUGGACCCCUCGCCUUCACGUACGCAGGACGUCGUACCCUGAUCGGGAUCACCUCGUUCGGAGCUGCUCAAUGCCAGCAGGGACAUCCGGCUGGUUUCGCCAGGGUCACCUCGUUCGCUUCUUGGAUAAGUGCUAGACUCUAGAUGAUUUAUAU